AUGUUAUCAGAAGCUACUACAGACCCGGAAGAGGCUGAAGCGGAUGGCACGCCGGCCACUAGUCCGACGCAAGAAUGCAGUUCAAUCGAGGAUCUGUUUGAGGGAUCGGUGUUUUCGGCACCGGCAGCGGAUGCGGUUCGCCGGCUGAUCGUCAUCGAUGGAUGUAACGUUGCGCGGUCGAGCUGUGGCCCGAGCCGAGACAAUGUGAAUUGCGGUGGGCUGAUGACGGUGAUCCGCUGGUUUCUGGUGCGAAACUUUGAGGUGGUCGCUUUUUUGCCGGUCAUCUACAACAACAACUACAACACAAAUGCCGUCAGCGUGCAGGUUCUGCCGAAACUGGAAGAGCUCGGUGUGGUUACUUUCACGCCGGCUCGCACGGCUCGCGGGGAGCGGCGCGCUUUCAUCAACUACGACGAUUUGUCCGUGUUCCAUCACCAUACUUAUGUACAAUUU